GGGCGGGCCACGGGUGGAUGUCGUGUGGGUCCUGGACGGGUCGGAUGCGGGUGAGCACUUUUUGCGUUCCCGGCUGGGUCGGGCACAGGUGGGAAAAUUCCCCAAAACAUAUCUGGGUUGGAUACAGCUGGAAAAUUGUUUGCAGCCCAGGUCCAGUUCGGAUCUGGUUAGAGAAUUUUUUGAAAAGCAAAUCCAGUCUGGAUCUGGUUCAUAGAACACAAAGUUUUGCGAGCUCUGCUGCACACCCGUGCGCCCUCACGGUAAGUCAAUCUGCAGCAAGUUUGUGAACUGUGGUAGAGUCCAUCAUGUCUGGUCCGACGAAAAUGGAGAUCGACACGGGAGCCCAAGUUGGUCGCCCUCAGCAGCCCAAACCGAAGGCCCGUUCCGUCAGCUCACGAUCUGAAGCAGAAAAGGGAACCAGCAUCACAAAUCCUCCGAAGGGUUCGCCAGGAGACGGAGAGCCUGUCAGGAAGCGCUCAAUGACUAUGAGCAGCAGCAUGGGAGCUGAAGACAUAAGGAAGAUGGAGCUGGAACGCCUACCUGGCUCAAAGGAGGAUAACAACUCAAGACAUGUUCCAAACAUUCUGGAGCCAAAGGUAAUGGCCCCAUAUGUUACUCGGCCCGGGGAGGUGCCAUGGAGAGUCCAGGUGGAGAGGAAAAGGCGGCUAUUUGGCAAGCAGGAUAUGCCCACUCUUCUGACGCAAGAGGAUGUGCCCGCUCAAGGUUCAGACCUAGUGGAACCUGGAAAGGUCCUUCCCCCCACCAGUGUGGGAUUUGGAACGCCAGCUUCGCCCCGGCCGGUGGUUAGCAGGAGGGGGAAACUGCCGUUGUCGGCAUUUGACAACACAGAUUUUGAGACACGAAGGCAUUCGGAGUGGGUAGACCGCAUCUGCAAGGUUCCUGCUGAGGCAGCUCAUGUGGAUGAGGAUAAGAGAUGUCGAUGGCUUCCUUGUCGGGUCCUCGACUUUAUUGAGGGUGGAAAUCUAUACCUUGUCCAGUUUGACCAUGCUGGAGAUAGGGUAUGGCUUCCAAGGAUAAACGUACACUUUUGUGCGGAGGAUCCAUUUCUGUUUGCAAAACGGGUGGCGGAGGCUUAUCGGCUGAGGGCAAGAGCAGAGGCGGAGCUGAUAUACAACUUGUAUGUGGACAGCAUGCCAACGGAUGGUAUUCCCCCACUGACGUCGGAGCAGGUGAAUCGGAUGCUGGGUUCUGCGCUGAGCCCACGGAAGCUGAGCGAUAAGAUGCUGGACACAUCGCAGCUGGUGGCGGAGGUGAACAUGGAGUAUGCCCGAGCAAUCAACCGAAUCGUUUUUGCAGAAAGUGUCCUGCGGCGUGUUCCGCCCAAGGACUUGAUCGUCCCUAUCGAUGAUGAAUUUGUACAGGACCCAAAGCCACCACCGCCUGAGAAGGGGAUGGUUCCGAUGGCAGACUAUGACUAUGGAGAGCGAUUCAGUGAUUUUUCCUUCCACUCCUGCCUCACCAAGCCAGAGGUCAUCUCAUCUCUGGUGAGGGUCCGUGCGGAGUGCAACCGGAUCAUGAAAUUGACUCUUUUCGGCGUCCACCACACCAAAGCCUCGCGUCUGGAUGAAUAUGACCAGAUGCAGAUACAAACAAGCGAUCAGGUUGCCACUCAGCUGAAGGACAGCUGGGCCACGGGUUUGAGGAACAUCAUAAGGAUGUCCUUCAAGGAUGUCGGAAAGGGUUGGUUCAAUCUGCAGGAGCGUAACCGAGAGACUUACGAAGGGAGCAAGCUCCGUCGCUUCCUCCGCUUGGUGCGGUUUCUUAUGGAAGAUGCCGUACGCGUCCUGACAAUGGACUCCCUGGAAAGGUACACUGAGUUCAUCGAAAGGAAUUGCUCCUCCGCUGCUGUCAUCAUAAAGGGCACAAAUGACGUUCUUAUGGGGGAGGACCUUAGCAGUUCCUCGACUACCUCCUCUACCAAGGCUGUGGCAAGCUCCAGGAAACUGAUUCCUCUGUUCUCAUUGGAAAUGAUAAACUCAGAGACCACUGGUCGUUUCGACUACAGCACCCCUCUGCACCUCUUUGAGCAGAUGCUGCUAAAGACAUUUGACCAUGCUAUCAUGUGCCUGCAGUCUAUCCCUAACCUCGAGCCAAGCAUCAUGGAGAACCUCUUCUGGAGUCACCAGCCGAUGAUUGGGGCCGUCCAUUCAAUGGAGCCAGAAGUGUGUGCGCUUCGGUCACGUAUCCAAGCUGCCAUCCGAAUUGCAGUCGCGUAUGGCUACGAGUACCUGGAGAAGUAUUCGGACUUCGAGCCGCUGCUGCGUCUGGACAUUGUUGCCAGCAAAUCCGAGCUCGAGGCGAGGAAGCCAACCUUGAAGGAAUUGCUGGGAGAGAUUGACAGACACAAGGCAGAACUUGAGGAAGUGGAGAAGCGGAUACCCGUCACCAUCACUGUGGGUCCAUUUUACAUUACGAGCAAGAAGAUCCGCGGAAUGCUGAUCCAGAAGAAAGAGCAGAUGAUUGACAUUGUGACUGGUUUGAUCUCCACCACCCCUAAAAGGAUCGGACUCGAGAUCCUUGGGAAGUUUGAGGAGAUCGAGAAGCAGCUGAAAGUGAGGACAAGCUCCCCUGAGGAGGUUGCAGCCCAGAAGGAGUACAUCGUUACCCUGCCCGCCAAGAUGAAUGAGAUCAAGCAGGAGAUUGAGAAUUCCAAGGUUUACUAUGAGGCAUUAGAGGGACUCAACCACCUGCUCACUGACAGUGAGACAGCGAUCAAGUGGACCUGUCGAGCUCUCCCCACCCGGAUUGAAAAACUCAUCGAACGGACAGAAAAGAUACUGACCGCCGACAACGAGAGGUACCAGAAGGAGAUGGAUGCAGAGCAGGAGAACUUUGUCACCACACUGAUGGACCUGGACUCUGUUGUAUCGGCCUUCGAUCAGUAUAUAGACCUGGCACAAGUGGACUUCGUGGCGUCAGAGGUCCGGAAGAUCAGCGAGCAGCUGCGAAAGGCAGACAUGGAUGCGAGACUGUUCAACUCGAGGGAGGCACUCUUCAACGUUCAGCCCACGGAUUACAGCCGGUUGAAGAAGAUACGUGAGGCAUUUGAUCCCUACUUGCAGCUGUGGACGAUUGCCAGCGACUGGAAGCAUGCAGACAAAAGCUGGAACCAGGAUCCUCUGGUCACUCUGAAGCCAGAUGAGAUCGAGAAGAACGUGGGCGUCUGGCUUAAGACAUUGCUGAAGACGGGGAGGUUCUUCCAAGGAAAGGAAUUGAUGGCCUGCGCGAACAACUGUGAGGAGGUGCGGAAACAGGUGGAGAAGUUCAAGCCAUAUGUCCCUCUCAUCCAGGCCCUCCGACAGCCUGGGAUGAGGGACCGGCAUUGGGAACAGCUCUCUAAGGAACUGAAAAUGCAGGUGCGUUUGGACCCGGAGUUCACGCUAACCCAAGCAAUUGAAGCGGGGCUACCCGCAUACCUUCCACAGAUCACAAGAGUAUCAGAGGUAGCGGGCAAGGAGUUUGCCAUCGAGAGUAGUCUGGAGAAGAUGCAGAAUGAAUGGAAGACGCUCGAGCUGCAGGUGCUCGACUACCGGGAGACAGGAACCUAUAUUGUCAAGCUGGAUGAUGCUGUAAGCCAGCUUCUGGAUGACCACGUCAUCAUAACACAGUCGAUGUCCUUCUCGCCGUUCAAGAAACCAUUCGAGGAACGCAUCGCCCAGUGGGAAAUACAGCUCAACUUGGUAUCAGAGAUCAUGGAUGAGUGGAUGACAUUGCAGAGGCAGUGGAUGUACCUGGAACCGAUCUUCAGCAGCCCGGACAUCCAGCAUCAGCUACCUCUGGAAGGCAAACGUUUCUUGACGGUAGACCGAACAUGGAGGAAGGUUUGUGGUCAGGCCCGAAUGGCACCACACAUCUUGACCAUCUGCUCGAGCCAAAAGCUCCUGGAAACCUUCAGGGACGCCAACAAGACGUUGGACCUGGUGCAGAAAGGGCUGGCAGAUUACCUUGAGACGAAGCGCAUGGCGUUUAGCCGUUUCUUCUUCUUGUCCAACGAUGAGCUGCUCCAGAUACUGUCCCAGGCAAAGAAUCCGUUGGCCGUGCAGCCACACCUGCGCAAGUGUUUUGAGGCCAUCCAAAGCCUAGACUUCAGGGAGGAUAUGGAGAUCAUCGCUAUGAACUCUGCCGAAGGGGAGAAGGUCCCGCUUGCAAAGACCAUGUACCCUGUGGGCAAUGUAGAGAACUGGCUCAACGAGGUUGAAAAGAAGAUGAAGGAGAGUGUGAAAAAUCAAGUGCUGUCUGCACUCAGGGAUUACCAGGUGCGUAAGCGAAACGAUUGGGUCAAGACAUGGCAGUCGAUGAUAGUGUUGUGUGUAAGCCAGAUCUACUGGACAGCUGGUGUGGAGGGGGCCAUCGCAGAGGGGGUGCUGCAGACAUAUUUGGAGACAACCCAGCUGAAGCAGCUAAUGGGCCUGACAGAGCUCGUCCGUGGGGAUCUGUCAAAGCUGGCAAGACUGACACUCGGUGCACUAAUCGUGAUUGAUGUGCACGCCAGGGACGUAGUGCAACGGCUACUGGAGGAAAGGGUUGCCACUGUGACCGACUUCGAGUGGGUGAGCCAGCUUCGUUACUACUGGGAAUCUGAGAAUGUGUUUGUGAAGAUGGUCCAGGCAUCGAUUGCUUACGGAUACGAGUACCUGGGGAACACCGCUCGUCUGGUAAUCACCCCGCUUACUGACCGCUGCUAUAUGACCCUCAUGGGCGCCCUUCACCUGAACUUGGGAGGCGCACCAGCUGGGCCAGCCGGCACAGGCAAGACAGAAACAACCAAGGAUCUGGCAAAGGCGCUGGCCAAACAGUGUGUGGUGUUCAACUGCUCAGAUGGGCUGGAUUACCUGGCAAUGGGGAAGUUCUUCAAGGGCCUGGCAUCAGCAGGGGCGUGGGCGUGCUUUGAUGAGUUCAAUCGGAUAGACCUAGAGGUACUGUCUGUCGUGGCACAGCAGAUCCUGACCAUACAGCUGGCAAUUCAGCAGCGGCUCAAGCGAUUCGUUUUUGAAGACACGGAGAUCCCCCUCGACAUGUCCUGCUCUGUCUUUAUCACCAUGAACCCAGGCUACGCCGGCCGAACAGAGCUCCCCGACAAUCUUAAGGCCCUUUUCCGACCAUGUGCCAUGAUGGUCCCUGAUUAUGCCCUCAUUGCAGAAAUCAGUCUGUUCUCCUUUGGGUUUCAGAAGGCCAAAGAACUGGCCCGAAAAAUGGUGGCCACCUUCAAGCUCUGCAGCGAGCAGCUGUCAUCUCAGGACCAUUAUGACUAUGGCAUGCGAGCAGUCAAAAGUGUGAUUGUGGCUGCAGGGAACCUCAAGAGAGACUACCCCUUCGAUAAUGAGGAUGUGCUGCUGCUGCGUGGACUCCGCGAUGUCAAUGUCCCCAAGUUCCUGUCCCAAGAUCUCCCACUUUUUGCAGGCAUCAUCAGUGACCUGUUUCCUGGUGUGAAGCCACCAACCAUCAGGUACGAUGACCUCAUUGGGGCUAUUGGGUUUUCCUGCCAGAAGCUCAAUAUCCAACCGGAGGAAUCAUUUGUCACCAAAGUAAUACAACUGUAUGAAACCACAACAGUCCGGCACGGGCUCAUGCUUGUCGGCCCCACAGGUGGAGGGAAGACCUGCUGCUAUCGGUCACUCGCCACGGCCAUGACCAAGCUGAGCAAGGAGGGUUCAAAGAAGUAUGCCUCAGUGCGCGUCGUGUGCUUGAACCCCAAGUCCAUCACCUUAGGGCAGCUGUAUGGUGAAUUUGAUGAGAACACACAUGAGUGGACGGACGGUGUCUUGGCAUGCUACAUGCGCGACCUGGCAGAUGACAACCGCCCGGACAAGAAAUGGCUCAUGUUUGAUGGACCGGUGGACGCAGUAUGGAUUGAGAGCAUGAACACUGUCCUGGAUGACAAUAAGAAGCUCUGCCUUGUCAGUGGGGAGAUCAUCCAGAUGUCUCCUUUGAUGACCAUGAUGUUUGAGGUGGAGGACCUGGCAGUGGCCUCCCCAGCGACAGUCAGCCGUUGUGGGAUGGUGUACCUGGAACCUGCAUCAUUGGGACUAGACGCAUUCCUCCGGUCCUGGAUAGAGCGCAUGUCGAAGAUCCUGAAACCCCAUGCAGAUAAGAUCAGGGCCAUUUUUGAUGCAAUUGUACCUGAAGCCCUCCACUUGGUGCGUAAGUCCCUACGCGAGACUGUGGCAACUACAGACAAUAGCCUCUUGCUUUCCUGCUUUAACGUCAUGGAUGCAAUGAUGCUGACGUAUAACCGGGCAGACACCCAGCUACCUUUGAAUGAGGAGGAGGUAGCUAGGAUUCCGAGCCUCAUCGAGCCCCUCUUUAUCUUUUCAAUUGUGUGGUCGAUUGGUGCCAGCUGCGACAAGGAUGGACGCGUCAAAUUUGACGCCUUCAUGCGCAACACAACAUUCGAGCAGGUGGUGGCUCUGGAAAGACCUAUACCUCCGGAUUGGGAUGUUUAUUCCUAUUGUUUCGAUCAUGAGACUUUGAAAUGGGUGCACUGGAUGUCCACCAUCUCAGAAUACAAAUGUAAUCCUGAUAGGCCGUUUGCAGAGAUCAUUGUCCCAACCACAGAUACCAUUCGAUACACGUAUGUGAUUGACGUGCUCCUACGGAACAGGAAUCAUGUGCUGUGCGUGGGGGAGACAGGAACAGGCAAGUCACUGAACGUCAGUGACAAGCUGCUAAACAAGCUCGAUGCGGACAUGUUGCCCAUCUUUCUGACAUUCUCUGCCAGAACCAGUGCCAACCAGACGCAGGACUUCAUAGACUCCAAAAUGGACAAGCGGCGAAAAGGUGUAUACGGGCCUCCCACUGGAAAGCGGUAUGUCAUCUUUGUGGAUGACCUCAACAUGCCACAGAGGGAGAAGUACUUUGCCCAGCCACCCAUCGAGCUGCUCAGGCAGUGGAUGGAUCACCAUGGAUGGUAUGACCGCAAACCUCCGUGCGCAUUCCGCCAGGUAGUUGACAUACAGUUCGUAGGCUGCAUGGGUCCCCCAGGGGGAGAGUUGUCUGAGGAGAGCCUCCUCCGAAUUUUUUCGACCAUACUGCAGGCCACACUUGAGAAGCGGUUCGAGGACAAUAUGCGCAGCAUAGGUCAGGCCAUCGUCACAGGGUCCAUUAAUUUGUUUUCCACCAUACGCAGGGAGCUUCUACCAACCCCAAGUAAGUCCCAUUACACCUUCAACCUGCGGGAUCUGAGCAAGGUUAUCCAGGGACUCCUAAGGGCCGACCCACGGCUCUGCACUGAGCCUCGGGACCUGAUUGCCCUCUGGCUUCAUGAGGCCACGCGGGUGUUUGAAGAUCGCCUGAUAAAUGAGGAUGACAGACAAUGGUUCCGGGCACUUCUGGAAUCGCAGCUGCAGGACCAGUGCAAGGUGCGCUGGGAGGACGUCGUCCAGCAUGAACGGCUCAUAUAUGGGGACUACAUGAUCCCUGGUGCAGAUCCCAAAGUGUACCAGCAGAUCACAGAUCUGAAGCAGCUUGUCCAGAUAAUGAACGAGUACCUGGAUGACUACAACAGCGUCUCCAAUGCACCCAUGAAGCUGGUGCUGUUCCUGGACGCCAUUGAGCACAUCUCACGGAUUUGCCGGGUGAUUCGCCUCCCCCUGGGGAAUGCUCUCCUCCUGGGUGUAGGUGGCAGCGGGCGUCACAGUUUGACGAAGAUGGCGACGUUCAUGGAGGAAUUCGAGCUGUUUCAGAUAGAGGUAUCCAAGAACUAUGGAAUGACGGAGUGGAAGGAUGACAUGAGGCGACUGCUUAUGAAUGCUGGUUUGGAAGGGAAGGAGGAGGUCUUUCUGUUUGUUGACACACAGAUCAUCCAUGAGAGCUUCCUUGAGGACAUCAAUAAUAUCCUCAACGCCGGUGAGGUCCCCAACCUGUGGAAAAACGAGGAACUGGAGCAGAUAUCGAAUGGGAUGAGGCCUCUUCUCCUGCAGCAAGGCCUGCCUAUCACAAAGAUGUCCCUUUACAGUCAGUUCGUGAAGCGGGUACGCAACAACCUGCAUGUAGUCAUUGCCAUGAGCCCCAUCGGCGAUGCCUUCCGAACGCGCCUAAGGAUGUUUCCGUCCCUUGUCAACUGCUGUACAAUUGACUGGUUCAGCGAGUGGCCGAACGAAGCACUGAGGUCGGUUGCAGAAAACUUUCUUGCCGAUGUGAGCGUCGUAUCAGAGCACCACAUCACGCCCAUUGUCAACAUGUUUGUCUUUAUUCACCAGUCUGUGGAGUGGCACUCGAGGAGGUACUUUGAGGAGCUGAGGAGGUACAACUAUGUGACACCCACUAGCUACCUGGAGCUCCUGAGCACCUUCACAAAGCUUGUGGCAGAGAAGAAGGCAGAGCUGGAGGCACUGGGGCAGAGGCUGGAGAAGGGGCUGGAGAAGCUGCUGGUGGCGGCGAAGGAGGUGGGUGUCAUGCAGGACGAGCUGGUGAAGCUGCAACCAAUUCUGGAGCAGACAGCAAGGGAAGCAGAAGAAAUGAUGGUAGCAAUCACCCUUGACAAGAAGGAAGCCGACGUCACCCGCGAAACAGUCUCAAAGCAGGAGACAGAGGCCAAUGAGCAGGCUGCCCAGGCCAAGGCAAUUGCUGACAGCGCCCAACAAGACCUCGACCAGGCACUGCCAGCGCUGGAUGCUGCCUUGUCUUCCCUCAAGAAUCUCACAAGAAAUGACAUUGUGGAGGUGAAGAGCUUGAGGAACCCUCCUGAGGGUGUGAAGCUGGUUAUGGAGGCAGCAUGCAUCAUGCUGAAUCAGCCGCCCAAGAUGGUUGCCGACCCCUCAAAACUGGGUAAGAAGAUUGCUGACUUCUGGGAGCCCUCACAGAAACUGCUUACCGACCCUACCAAGUUCCUGGACUCGCUGCUGCUGUAUGACAGGGACAACAUACCAGAAGCCAUCAUCCAGAAGAUUGAGCCGUACAUUGAGAUGGAGGCAUUCACGCCUGAGCAGGUGGCACGUGUGUCGAAGGCCUGCACCUCGAUCUGCAUGUGGGUUAGGGCGAUGCACGCUUACUAUUAUGUUCUAAAGAUGGUGGCGCCCAAGCGGGCACAGCUGGCAGAGGCGCAAGCACGGCUUGAUGUCACCAUGAAGGCCCUUACAUCUGCCCAGAACAGGCUGAAGGAGGUGGAGGAGAAGAUUGCAUCAUUGGAGGCUCAGCUGGAGGCUGCCGUCAAGAAGAGGGCUGACCUCGCACAACAAGCAAAGGAGUGCCAGAUUAAGCUGGAGCGAGCAGAGAAGCUGAUUGGAGGGUUGGGGGGGGAGAAAGUGCGGUGGACGAACAUCAUCCAGUCCAUUGCGAAGGACAUGGACAAUGUGAUAGGCGAUGUGGUCAUCGCUGCUGGUGCCAUUGCCUACAUAGGACCUUUCACCCCCCUCUAUCGCACGAGGAUGGGGUCCGAGUGGCUGGCACGUCUCAAGGAGGAGGAGCUCCCCCACACCCCAGAGACAACGAUGCGGGCCGUCCUCCAGGAUCCCGUGAAGGUCCGGGCAUGGAACAUCGCUGGCCUUCCCAGUGAUGUCGUGAGCAUUGAGAAUGCCAUCAUCGUCUCCAAGGCACGUCGGUGGCCGCUCAUGAUUGACCCGCAGAGCCAGGCCAACAACUGGAUCAGAAACAUGUUCAAGGAGACUGGGUUAGACGUGAUUAAGCCUGUGGAAAAGGACUUCUUGAGGACCUUGGAAAACGGGGUGCGGUUCGGAAGGGUUGUGCUGCUGGAAAACAUCCAGGAGGCCCUUGAUCCAGGCUUGGAGCCCCUCCUCCUGCGACAAACUUUCAAGCAAGGUGGGACUGAGGUCAUAAAGGUUGGGGACAACAUCAUACCAUACCAUCCGGACUUCCAGUUCUUCAUGACCACAAAACUACAGAACCCUCAUUAUCCACCAGAGGUCAGUGUGAAGGUUUCCCUCCUAAAUUUCUUUGUGACGUCAGAGGGGCUGGAGGAUCAGCUGCUGGGUCAAGUCGUCACCAAGGAGCGGCCCGAUCUUGCAGAGAUGAAAAAUUUUCUGGUUGUCAGCAAUGCUAAGAUGAAGAAGGAACUCAAGGAGAUAGAGGAUAAGAUUUUAUUCCUUCUGUCCAACUCCCAGGGUGACAUCCUAGAAGAUGAGACACUGAUCAAUACCUUGGCCCGCUCCAAGGAGACGUCCAAUGAGAUCGCUAAAAAGGUCACUGAGUCAGAGAAGACAGAGAAGGAGAUAGACAUCACACGAGAUGUCUAUCGCCCUGUUGCAAUCCGAGCAUACAUCUUGUUUUUCUGCAUCUCCGAUCUUUCGAUGGUUGAUCCAAUGUACCAGUACAGCUUGUCCUGGUUCAUGACUCUCUUUGGCACAGCAAUUGACGAGUCUGAGGACUCCCCCAUUAUCGAGCAGCGCAUUCUCAAUCUUAACGAUUAUUUCACCUUUAUCCUCUAUGUCAAUGUCUGUCGCUCCCUUUUCGAGAAACACAAGCUCAUGUUCUCCUUUUCUCUCUGCGUCCGCAUUCUCCAGAACAAGGGGGAGAUCAUUGCCGAAGAAUUGCGUUUCCUCCUCGCUGGACCCACAGCCACUUCCUUGGCCACCGAUCGGCCAAAUCCUGCACCCCAGUGGUUGACCGAAAAAAUCUGGUCUGAAAUCCUCAGCCUUUCCAACUUGGAGUCCUUUCGUGGGUUUGCUGACCACUUUGCCGAGAAUGUAAAUGCCUACAGGGUGGUGUUUGACAGUGGGGAUGCUCACAAGGAGCCACUUCAGGGGGAGUGGGACACGAAGCUCUCGAGACUUCAGAAGCUUCUGUUCCUCCGCUGCAUCCGGGUUGACAGGUGUGGGCGGGCCAUCCAGGAUUUUGUGACGCAUUAUCUGGGACGGAAGUUCAUAGAGCCACCGCCUUACAAUUUGAAUGCGUGCUACAAGGAUUCAAAUCCCUCUGUUCCCCUUAUUUUCGUUCUCUCCUCCGGUGCAGACCCCAUGGCCGACCUGCUGAAGCUGGCAGAUGAUCUCAGAUUUACGAAGAAAUUUGAGAAGGUGUCCCUAGGUCAGGGGCAGGGGCCCAAGGCAGAGAAGCUGCUGCAGACUGGAAUGGAGAGAGGGAUGUGGGUAUGCCUGCAAAACUGCCACCUGUCUCCUAGCUGGAUGCCCAUGUUGGAGAGGAUAAUUCAGGCUAUUGAACCAGAGAAGGUUCAUAGGGACUUCCGCCUAUGGCUUACCAGCAUGCCCAGCCCCCAUUUCCCAGCUACCAUCUUGCAGAAUGGGGUCAAGCUCACGCUCGAACCACCCAAGGGUCUCAGAUCCAACCUUCUGAGGUCCUACCUUCGGUUCACAGACAAGUACCUGAAUGAUUGUGCCAAGCCUGACGAAUGGAAGAGACUACUUUUCAGUAUGUGUCUCUUUCAUGCAGUAGUGCAGGAGAGGCGCAAGUUCGGUCCCUUGGGAUGGAAUAUUCGAUACGAGUUUACGGACGGGGACCUGAGUGUGUGCACCACACAGAUCCGCAUGUUCCUGAACGAAUUCCCAGAAAUCCCGUACAAGGUUAUUCGAUUCCUAUGUGGAGAGAUCAAUUAUGGGGGCCGAGUCACAGAUGACAAGGACCGCCGUCUGAUAAACAACCUCUUGCUUAUCUUCAUCAACGAGAAUGUUGUCAUGGUUGCAGGUCACACCUUCUCCUUGUCUGGUGUCUACCGCGUGCCUCCAGAUGCCAACGACCAUAGUGCCUUCUUGGACUAUAUCCGGGACCUCCCACUUGUUCCGCGCCCUGAGAUAUUCGGCCUCCACGAAAAUGCAGACAUUACCUGCGACCAAAAUGAGAGCCUGGAGCUGUUCACCACACUCCUUUCACUGCAGCCACGCACAGUCGGUGGGGCAAGCGGUUCAAACAGGGACCAGAUAAUUGAGCGCAGCUGCAGGGACAUCCUGGGCAAAGUCCCACACAUUUUUGACAUGGAUUCUGUUUUGCUCAGGUACCCCACAAUGUACAAGGAGUCGAUGAAUACCGUCCUCACCCAGGAGUGUAUUCGCUACAAUGGGCUAAUCGAGGUUAUGAAGAAGACUCUGCAAGAUGCACUCAAGGCCAUCAAGGGUUUGGUUGUCAUGUCACCUGAUCUCGAGAUGCUCUGUGACUCCAUAUUCAACAACCAGGUCCCAGAGGUUUGGAGGACGAAAGCCUACCCCUCACUUAAACCACUCUCCUCUUGGGUUAUUGACGUGCUGGAGAGAGUCAGCUUCAUCACCCAUUGGAUUGCCAAUGGCGCCCCUCCGGUCUACUGGAUCUCGGGGUUCUUCUUUCCUCAGGCAUUCCUCACUGGGACGCUGCAGAACUUCGCAAGGCGGUUUUCUUACCCAAUUGACACUGUCAGCUUUGACCAUGUCGUCUCUGAUGAUCGCACUGUCGAAAACACCCCCUCUCCACCUGAUAUUGGGUGCUACAUCCGAGGCCUAUACCUUGAGGGCGCUCGAUGGAGCUUUGAUUUCCAUGCCUUGGACGAAUCCCAUCCCAAAGAGCUCUACUCCGAGCUGCCCAUCGUUUGGCUCAAGCCGGAGCAGAAUCGGAAACCUCCUCAGUCAGGAGUCUAUGAAUGCCCAGUGUACAAGACACUAGCUCGAGCAGGAACUCUUUUGACGACAGGACACUCGACAAACUUCAUCAUGUUUAUGGAGCUCCCAACGGAGAAGCAACAGUCCCAUUGGAUUAAUAGGGGAGUUGGACUGUUCACAGCACUCCCAUUCUGAUUGGGACAAUCACAAUUCACAGGUAGGUUCCAUAUUGGCACUUCCCAGU